CUUGAUUGGGGCUUCUUUGAUUUCUGAGCUGAAUUUACAAAGACUGGGGGUUGAUUGGUUUGAUUAGGUUUUAGGUGUCCACUAUUUGAUUUGAAAGUUUGGUUCUUCUGAGGAAUUUGUAUUUGAUUGAUUGCAGAUAGAGGUUCUUUUCUUCUUCUUCUUUUCUGUGUUGCAAGUGUAGUAGCUACUUCUAUCUUUCUCCGCCUCCAAGCCAAUUCGGAUUUGAGUUUCGAAUCUCAAAACUCUUGCUUGCUUCUCAGACCAUCAUCGCCAUUGUUGAAGAUCCACCUCCCAGCAAAGCGCGGGUACCAUUGCUAGUAGUAAAUACUUCUCAAGAUCAAACCUUUCCUCAUCAGACCACUGAGAGUUAGGGUUUUACAGAGCCUUGAAAAUGGAGCCCGAGAGAAAGCUAACGGCGGCGGCUGUGGCAGCAUUCCAAGAAGGGGUCGGGUUGGUUCUGUCGCGGUGGUCGGCGCUUCAAUUGGCCGUCGAGAACGAGUGGGGUGGCCGUGAAUCACGCCUCAAGGCCGAGCAACUGGUCUCUGAUAUCGUCUCCUGGGUCAAUUUCUCCACCGAACCUCUUUAUAUAGAUGAUUUAGAAGAAAUGCUCAUUGAAGCUAUGAGUUUUCUCAAUACUGUGAUAGAGGAUGGUAGCAUUGAGGAGGUAGCUGAAAAAAUAAUGAUUAUGCAUGAAGAAUGUUUGGAUUGCAAUUUCAAGUCUAUUGAAAGCCUAAGGGAAGCCAAUAGUCGAAGAGUUCCUACUCCUCAUGUUAAACAGGUUGUCAAUGAUGAAGAAGACAGUGACGAGGAUGAUGAUGAUACUGAUCCUGGCAUGAAUAAAGAUGAUUCAUCAAACAUGAUUGUGGACAAACCAGAGUCUCAUGCAGUAGAGCCAAAGACCAAGCAGGCAGUUGAAGCAGAAGAUGGUUGGGAGGUAGUUGGACUAAGAAGAAGUAGGGGUAAAAGGAAUUAGGUUAAACCCCUUAUAUUCAAUAUUAUAUGCAGACCCAGUUGUUUUCAUACCAUGUAAAAGACGUUAAUCAGCUUUAUAUAUGAUUUUGUGAUUGUUCUUGAA